AUUCGGCCAUCCCACCUGUCCACCUCCACCGGUCGAUUCAUCGCUUUGAGAUCCCCAAAUCCGACCCUAUGCCGGCGAACUCACCGGCGUUGUUCCCUUCCCUUGCCGGUGACAUCAAUAACAUAAGCGGAGACGACGACGAUUUCGGCGAUUUCGUGUUCUCGUUCCCAUCUCACGCACCCUCCUCCCUCUCCUAUACCGCGCCAACUGUUCUCUCCACCGCCGACGCCGACGAUGAUGACUGGGGUGAUUUCGUUGCCAGCCAGCUUGAAUCUCACUCUCUUCAGCCCCAGUCAUCUUCGCCUUUUUCUCCUCCGCUCGAUCCGUUACCGCCGAGCAAUAAAGCGUGGGUGAAACCAAAGGGUGCGAUACCGCUGUCUAUAUUUGGCGAAAAUGAAGAUGAGACGGAUUCGGUAACCAUGGAGGGUAGUGGGGUUUUUGAGAAUGGAAUUGCUUCUUUUUCAUUCUCGACUUCUUCGUCUUCAAGACCAGCGACGGCUGGGAAGUUCAGUGAUAUGAUUGAGAGGUUAUAUAGACAGAUUGAUGUUGGAGGAAAGGAAGAGGUGGAUGAUUUUGAUAUGGGAAGUUGGGAAUUCAAGGAUGCCAUGUCAAUUGAUGCUAGACCUAAGAUGGAAGCGGCAGGUGGGGCUGUCAUUGGGUUGGAAAUGGUAACGGUUGCCAAUGAAAAUGGAAGUAGUCAGGCUGUUGUUGACAGGUUGGAGAAUGGUUGGGAAGGCUUGGAGCAGUUUAACAUGGAUGGCCAAGAAAGAGAACCAGCUGAUGUUUUUGCUGCACAUGAGAAACUCACAAACGGGUCACUUGGUUAUAAUCAUUCUGUAACAGAUAAGGUACUGCAUGAGAUGCUACCCAGUUUUGAAAAUGGGACUUCAAGUAGUGGCACAAGUGGAUACAAGAUUGAAUUCCCAGAAUAUGCUAUUAUAAAUGGGUUUAAAGAGAAGAUUCAAGAUGAUCAAGCAGAUCUAGUACACCCUCCUGAAAAGCAAGAGGACAUAAAAGAGAUAGAGUGGAACAUGUGGGACGUUGAUGACCUGAACAUCUCUUCUUAUGCUAAUGGCAAGGAAAAUCUUAAUGGAAUAUCUGAGGAUCAUACUGAGCAUAAUACAGGAGCUGGAAAGAUGGAUUAUUCAACUAUUGCUCUUGCUGGCAUCAUACAGAAUCUGUAUGAGAAAACUUGUAGUCCUCGUGCUGUUCUUCCUUCUCAAAAUACGAUCAAUAAUGGGGAGGAAAUAGAUCAACUCGGGAACUCAUCUGCUUAUGUUAAUGGCGAUAUUGAUUUUGAUCAGCUUGACUGGCAAUUUCAAAGUACUGUGGAGACCAGAGAAGCUAAACUUUUUGGCGCCUAUGAAUCAGGUGAAGGUCUAGCCAAUGCAUCAACAUCCUACAGUUUAGUUGACCUUUAUUGUAGAUUGAAAGAAGAGUCUCUCUCUUUGAUAGUUCAUCAUCUUGUUACUCUAAAGGUUCCUGCUCUUCCUGGGGUAAUGCCUGAAGUAGAGAAGAUCAACGAGGAAAUUCAGGGGUCCGAGUUGAUUUUGUCCAUGAGGAAAAGAUUGUUGAUAUAUUGGUGCUUCCUUGGGACUAAACAACAGGAAGUUUAUGGAAAUUUGCAAGAAAUGAUUGCCUCAAAGGAUGCUUGCACUGGCGAGCAAAUAACAGACCACUUCAAGAGACUGCUCAAUGUGACGAGAGCAUCAAAUUUUGAAAAAGUUGAACAAGAAUGCCAUCUAUCAGAAAGAUUACUUGCAGCGGAAAAACACUUGAAUGCCGCUGUGGAUCUUUUUGAACAUUCCUCCUCAGUUCUACAAAUUUUGAGAUCAACGUCUAGAGCGCAGCAGCUAUUUUAUAUUAAUGCAUGGUCUAAGUUAGCUUCAGCAUGUGCGGAGGAGCUACAACUGGGUGCUAAAAUCUGGACCGAGUCACUCAAUGGCAAUAUUGCCAAACAAAUUUUAAAGAAAGGACACAAAUAUUUCCUUGCUCUUGGAGAAGUUUACAGAGUGUCAAAAUUUCUCAAAGCCACAAAGAAGUUUUAUAGGCCUUGGUUGCUGUCUAAUCUGGAAUAUUCAACUGAAAUGGUUUCUAGCUUGGAGAAGAGUAAAGAGGCAUGGAUUAAUUCUGGUUUGGAAGAAGCUCUCCAAAGCAUCUCCAGCAACAUGGAUCAUGAUGAUAAUGGCUUAGCAAAGCCAUUGCUGGAGUCCAUCAACUUUAUUGACAAAGUCGAUGAGCCAAAAUUUCAGGACACUGUAUUCCAACCCGAGAAUGGAUUUUGCAAAUUCUCCUUGCUACCACUUGACAAGCUACCAGGCAUCAAGACAGUUGUUUGGAAUGGGAAUUGUUACAUCGCCAAGAUUGCUAAUUUCUGGGCCAACCGGAUAUCACCCGAUCCACCUAGCUUACCAUCUAUAAUGCUGAGCUAAUAUUUUAUACUUUAAAAGUAUUCUAAGUUCAAAAGCUUGGUUAUAUAUUAUUUUUGAUUGAAUUCUUCCAAUGAGAAAACGUCAUGAAGGUUUCAACAGGCGUUUGGAUAAAAGAACAACCGUCUUCUCUUCCAGGAUUCAUGCUGGGAAGUAUAGCUGAAGCGUCAAAUAUUUCCGCAGGUGAUAUAUGAGCUAUUCUUGUCAUUUAACAUCAACGGUUUCAUAGUAAUGUGUGCAUCUUGUUGCAGUUUUUGUUGUAAUUUAUGUAUUUCAUUAUUCUUUGGCAUGGGGCGUAACUAUGCUUUUGCUGGUGUAAUAAAAGGAUUGAGAGUUUGUUUUCUACUGUAUAGGAAAGCAAAUUUUGAUUGUUUAUGAUUUUA